GGAAGAAAAAAAAAUCACCGUGGCUAAAAACUUCGAAAAAUGGAAAAACUAGCUGGUGGCUCGUCUUUAUCCACGAAUCCGCUGGSAAGAUAAGGAACAGCCCAAAUGGACCUGCUUGUUUUCUCCCUGAGGCCAUUUCCACUCUGACAAUGGUGUGGAGGAAGGAAAAAAAUAACUCUGAUUUUUUUGCGCUCCCAUUGAAAGCAAAUCUACUCAUGGAGAAAGGAGCAAGUCGGGAGUCAUGAGCACAGGUGUGAAGAAGCCUCCGUUAGCUCCCAAGCCUAAGCUCCCCGUCACGACCAAACCACCCAUCGCCCCCAAACCAGGCUCUCUUUCCCAGUCCUCAGUGGUCUCCCAAACCUCCCCGUCCACUCUUAAGAGGCCCAAACCAGCUGUCGCCCCCAAACCGUGCCUACCCAAAUCCACAACCUCCCCUCUGCAUGCGUCACCCCCGCCGCUCAAACCCACCGAACCRUUUCACCUCUCUCAGGAGGAGCAGGAACCAUCAGAUGACAACCUGCUGCAYCUCAACUCCAGGAAUGGGUUUCUAUCGGAGGCUGGCGGAGGUGAAUCGGAUUACAUCAUUCCCACCUGCCCCUGCGGGGGGCUGGAGGACUGCUCCCRGGGUCGCCUCCGGGAGAACGGAGAUGAGAAUUUCCACAGAGAGCUGCUGCAGAACGGGGUCUCUGCGGAGGGAGACGCAGAGAYAAAGCCACAGGACCAGAAGGAGCUGCCAGCUGCUGAUAAGGUUGAACGGAUUAGCAAAAAGCCGAGGGAUAAACCUCAAAGACAGAGACACUUAGACAGGGGAUUGGUUAACAAAGAGACGCAGAGGACUGAGGAGCACAGGGGGGCAGGUUUGGAGCUGGGGCAACAMGAGGAAAGUGCUGCUGCGGAACCUGAAGUUCCAAAAGCAGAUGUGCUGACAGAGACAGACUCAACAGACUCCACGUCAGCCUGUGAUGUUGCAGGCAACAUCCACGUCCUGACGAGCAUCGCUCCACCCGAAGCUUCCCCCGAACUCUGUCCAGAAACCGGCCGUCCCCCUGAUCUACAAGUCCCUGCUGCUCCCAGUAAGCCUCUACCAGUCCCCCACCCACGGAGACUUAAGAAGCCAGCCCUGGUGAGGCAGUACGGAGUGGAGGGGAGUGUCCAGGAUCAGGUGGWGGAGGAAGGAAAACAGGAGGAUGAAGCGCAGGAAGUUGAAGGAAAACCAAGUCUGGACUGCGUCGCUGAGACCCUGGAAGGUUCAGGUUCGGGAGAGGCUGAUGCGCCGGUUCCUCCUCCCCGACAAACCUCCCUCUCCCCCCGCCUGCACAGAACUGUCCACUCGUCCCUGAACAAAAACACCUCCCACUCCUUAGACCUGCUCUCUGCGCCGGAGGGUGUGGAGUUCGGUAAGCGGCAGGUGGAGGAGGACGAGGAGGACGCGUACGGCGACUUCGAGCGCUACCCGACCACCCACAGCCUCCCCAAACAGAUCCAGCUGGGGGGUCACCCCUCGCUGACCAACAGCAGGAGAGCUUUUUCCUCCGAGGAGUCGCCGAGGACGCCGCCGAGGAAACCUCAGAGGCACAGCCUGCCGGCGCCGCCGCCGCCCCCCAUCUGCCCCCCGGCGCCUCCGCACGCCAACACCCCCAUGCGGGAGCUGCCGGCGCCUCCUCAGGAGAAGACCGCCUGGCGCUUCGCACGACCCUGCGUCACCUUUUUCAGCCGGCAGAUGCCCACCCGGAGCAGCGUGCCGCCAAAAGGCCGGGCCCCCUCGCUGGGGGGCAAGCAGAGGGCGCAGUCCUUCUCUGCUGCCGACCUGGCAACCCGGGCCCACCCCCAAAAGAGGAGCCUCUCUUUCCGCAAGCUGCUGGAGCUCCGGCUGUCKAUGAAGAUGCUGCCAAAGCUGCUGGCCAAGGGGGGGCAGUCCUUGGACUGUACCAGCGUGGAGUCCAGCGGAGGGGGGAAGAGCCUGCAGCGGCCCACCAGCUGCAUUGAGGACUCGGGGAUCUGCGGGGAAGGCGUGGAGGGGUCGGUGGAGUACGAGAAUGUGCCGCUGUACGAGGAGAUCCCCGAGUACAUGAACCUGCCGUUUCACGGAGCCAGGCUGGGGUGGCCCCACGACCCCGAGGCCGGAGAGUCUGACAUCUACGAGGUGCAGGACCCCUUUCCCAGCUGCCAAGACCACGAAUACGAGAGCGGCUGGCUGAARGAGGAUGUCCACUCCGAGGAGGAGGACGAAGAGGAGGAGAUGCACAGCUCAGACGAGGAGGAUGACAGCUCCACCUCCAGCAAGGAGCACCUGGACGAGGCAGACAGGCAGCAGGAGGACGAGAUGAAGAGGAAGAAGGUGGUKCACAUCGCGCAGGAGAUCAUGAGCUCGGAGAAAGUGUUUGUGGAUGUCCUGAAGCUUCUACACAUAGACUUUCGGGAUGCUGUUGCCAAGGCGACYCGUCAGAACGGGAAGCCGGUAGUGGACGAGCGGAUCCUCAGUCAGAUCCUGUACUACCUGCCUCARCUGUAUCAGCUCAACAAAGACCUGCUGAGGGAGCUGGAGGAGCGGGUGGCACACUGGAGUGAUCACCAGAGACUGUCGGACAUAUUCGUGCAGAAGGGUCCUUACCUGAAGAUGUACUCCACCUACAUUCGCCAGUUCGACAACAACGUGGCUCUGUUAGACGAGCAGUGCAGGAAAAACCCCGGAUUUGCUGCCGUUGUCAAAGAAUUUGAGACGAGUCCUCGAUGUGCGAGCCUGGCUCUGAAACACUACCUGCUGAAACCGGUGCAGAGGAUCCCUCAGUACCAGCUGCUGCUCACAGAUUAUCUGAAGAACCUGCCAGAAGACUCAGAGGAUUAUAAAGACACCCAGGCUGCGCUCUUCAUCGUGAAGGAAGUAGCCAACCACGCUAACGAUAUAAUGAAACAAGGGGAUAACUUCCAGAAGCUGAUGCAGAUCCAGUACAGUCUGAACGGUCAGCACGAGAUCGUUCAGCCGGGCAGGGUGUUCCUGAAGGAGGGGACUCUCAUGAAGCUGUCCAGGAAGGUCAUGCAGCCGCGCAUGUUUUUCCUGUUUAACGACGCCCUCAUGUACACCACUCCAGUGCAGUCCGGCCAGUAUAAACUCAACAGCGUCCUCUCUCUGGCUGGGAUGAAGGUGAGCAAGCCGAGUCAGGAGGCCUAUCAGAACGAGCUGAACAUUGAAAGUGUGGAGCGCUCCUUCAUCCUCUCAGCCAGCUCCGCUAAAGAGAGAGACGAGUGGUUGGAGGCCAUCGGCCGGGCCAUCGAGGAUUACACCAAGAAGAAAAUCACCUUCAUAUCAAGUCGGAGUCAGGAGGAGGCCGAGGGCGUCGUCGACAGCGGGGCUCCUUUAGGUUCAAAAGCUCCAAUCUGGAUCCCGGACCUGAGGGCCACCAUGUGUAUGAUCUGCACCUGCGAGUUCACGCUGACGUGGAGGAGGCAUCACUGCCGCGCCUGUGGCAAGGUGGUGUGUCAGGCCUGCUCCACCAACAAGUACUACCUGGAGUACUUGAAGAACCAGCCKGCCCGUGUGUGCGACCACUGCUUCGCCAAGCUGCAGGAGAACAGUGAUCGCUGCGCCUCGACGUCCACGUCUCCCAUCAAACCCGGAGCGUUCUCCUUCACAAGGAAGCAGAAGAAGAUCCCUGCUGCGCUGAAGGAGGUGUCCGCCAACACGGAGAACUCCUCCAUGAGCGGCUACCUAUGUAGGUCCAAGGGCAACAAGAAGCAUUGGAAGAGGCUGUGGUUCGUCAUCAAGAACAAAGUGCUGUACACGUACGCCGCCAGCGAGGACGUCGCCGCGCUGGAGAGCCAGCCGCUGCUCGGCUUCUUCCUGAGGGAGGAGAAGAACGGGCCGGCCCAGAAGCUGCAGUUCAAGCUGUACCACAAGAACACGCUGUUUUACAUCUUCAAGGCUGACGAUAUCCCCACGGCACAGAGGUGGAUCGAAGCAUUCCARGAGGCGAUGAUUCUUGAACAGUAGCCGCCUUUGAGGACACGGCCGCUUUACAGCUCCACAGUCGGCUGAUAAACUAGAACGACCCCAGACCGGGAGGGGGUGGGGCCAGAGUUCACCAGCUCAGGAAGGAUCCAGGUGGAUGGAUUAAUAAAACCAGUUUUUUUUUUGUUUGUUUUGUUUUUUGUUUUAUUUUUUUUACCCUAAAAGACUUUUUAAAGCCAGCAGCAGCUUGUGACAUCGUUGAUGUUGACUGCGGUCAGAGGAGGUGAGAGCGAGUCGCAGCUGCGGGGGUCAAAGGUCAAGUCCAGAAGUGGGCGUGUGUGGAAGUAAAACCCAGCGGCUGUGGUGGGCCAGUCGAAGAGCUCGGAUAUCUUUGGGAGUUUAAAGUCUAGGAAAAUGUUUUCAGGUGAAAGAAUCACGACGAAGAACAACUAGAACCAGAUGUUUACAUACAUACACCAAAUAAAAACUCACUGUCCAACAGUAUGACUGAAUAUCUCUUGUUUUGGUUAAGAUUCCAAAAAUUAAAAAUAAAUAUAUAGACGCAACAAAYUCAGACAUCAAACAGGAAGUGUAUGUAAACAUCUGGUAAAACCCACAGUUAAACGGUUUGGUGGGAUUUACUGUGAAACUGAAGCUUUAACACAGGAGCAGGUUGAUCAUCGUGUUCAUCUUUAAAACGUUUGGAUUUUUAAAAAAAACAUCCAAACAGCUCAGAAGUUUACUAACCAGCAUCCUGGAAACAACUGGAACUGUCACACAUUUUAUUGUUAAUUUAAACCUUUUAAAAAAAAAACUAUUUUCACCUGUUUAUCUAAACCAGAAAUAAUGUUGUAAAUUAAAAUAAAGGAGCGACUUUUACUUUUUUUUUUUAAGCCAAGAGCUAAUAUUUAUAGAAUAUGAAGAUUUAUUGUUGGAAAGCGCAGGUUGCCACUUAUUGUCAGAGUUGUCAGAAAAAUGAUCCAAAUCUUUCAUUUGGGUUUUUUGAAAUAAGUAAAUGCUGUGGAUGAAUUAUAUGUCUUUUUAAAAAAGAGUUUUCUCUAGAGACAUUGUGUCUUUUAUGGUUUAACUUAAAAAAAACAACAGWUUAUCAUUUUUUUAACAAAUUUAUGACUCAGCAACAUGUUGAUUUGGAAACCCUGUAUUUUCUUUUUUUAUUAGUGGAGAAAUAAUGUUUGUUCUGUCUAUUAGGGAACAGGAAGCAUUUCAUGAUCAGACAGUAACAUCUGUAAACACUCUAGUCUCUUCUGAACAGCGUUUUGAAACUGUCAGGCAACAGUUUGUAAUAAAGUCUCUAUAAAUCA